CUCAUUGCCAAAGCAGGCACUGGCAAUUCCCACUGGGGACUGCCACUGGCAACUGCCACAGGAACUGGAAGUGAAAACUCAAAUUCAAUUUUAGGCCUGCACCUCAGUGUGACUGGCUGAGUAUUUCGACAACUACCAAUGAAGCUCCCCGCGGGCCCUUCGUGCGCGCUGGACGACGACGACGCCGCGUCGCUGGAGGCGUCGCUGCUGGAGGACGUGGCGCCGCCAGAGAGAGAAAGAGAGGACAACACCGUCGCCAUCCUGUGCGCCGCCGGGGCGGCGGUCGGCGCGCUCGUGUUCGGCUACUCGCUCGGGUUCUCCUCGCCGGCGCUGCCGGGCAUGCUCGGGCGCCAGUUCAAGCACGUCCGCUGCGACGCGAACGGCGCCUCGGCCGCCGCGGCGUCGCUGUGGAGCGCGGUCAUCAACAUCGGGGCGGCGGUCGGCGCGCUCGCGGGCGGGCGCCUCGUGGACAACGUGGGCCGCAAGGGCGCGCUGCUGUACGUGGCCGGGCCCCUCUACGUCGUCGCGUGGACCCGUGCGGAAAGCAAGCCGUGAGUUCGGUUUUUCUCCACGCCGUCGAGCAGGAGGCUCUUACGAGGAUGCGUGGGGCGCCCGAGGUUUGAGUUCCACGCAGGCGUGGACGGCGACGGCCAGGGCCCACGGCCCGCGGACCCUCGUCGGCGCGCGCGUGCUGCUGGGCGCCGGCGUCGGCGCGUCGUCCGUCGCGGUGCCCGUCUACGUCGCCGAGACGGCGCCGGCGGCGCUCCGCGGCGCGCUCGGGUCCGUCACGCAGCUCGCGGUGACCGUCGGGAUCCUCCUGGCCUACGUCGCCGGGGCGCUCGCGCCGCACGAAUCGCUGGAGUACGCGUGCGGCCCCGCGCGGCGCGGCGCGGCGCGCGGCGCGUGGCGCUCCCUCGCGCUCGUCGGGGCCGUCCUCGGCGGCGGCGUCGUGGGCGCGGCGGCCUUUCUUCCUGAAAGCCCAGCGUGGCUCGUGGCCAAGCGGCGCCGCGCGGCCGCCGCGCGCGCGCUCACGACGCUGCGCGGCGGCGACGACGCGCGCGCCGCGCGGGACCUCGACGCGCUCGUGCGCUCGACGGGCGGCGCCGACGACGGGCUCGGCGUGCGCGUCGUCCUCGCGGCGCUGUGCGGCGGCGGCGACGCCGGCGUCCGCCGGCCGCUGGCGAUCGUGCUGUGCGUCAUGCUCUUCCAGCAGUUCAGCGGCAUCAACGCGGUCAUCUUCUACAGCGGGCCCCUCCUGGCGUCGGCGGGCAUGGCGAACGGGGACCUGGGCGGCGUCCUCGUGAUGACGGUCCAGGUCCUGGCGACGGGCCUGGCCCUCGUGCUGAUGGACCGCCUCGGCCGGCGGCCCCUGCUCGCGGGGUCGCUCUGCGGCAUGGCCGCGGCCGCGGCGCUCCUGGCGCUCCACUUCCUCCUCGAGCCCCCGCCGUUCGUCGCGCUGGUCGCGCUCUUCCUCUACAUCGCGGCGUUCUCGCUGGGCCUCGGGCCCGUGCCGUGGCUCCUGAUGCCCGAGCUCCUGCCGACGCGCGCGCGCGGCGCCGCGGCCGCGCUGGCGACGGUCCUGAACUGGUCCUGUUCGUUCCUGGUGACGGAGACCUUCGCGGGACUCGUGGCCCGCAUCGGCGCGGCCGGCGCGUUCUUCGGCUUCGCGCUCGUGUGCGCGGUCGGCGCAGCGUUCGUGGCGGCCGCGGUGCCGGAGACGAAGGGCCUGCGGCUGGACGAGGUCGAGGCGCUGUUUCGGGCGGGGACCGCGGUCGCCGCGCCGAGUAGUCGCGACGAGUGAAUUAAAACGGGUGUGUACAGUAUCGCGCGGCUCACGCGUGGGCGCUAACGAUAGAUACUAGUAUCGACACUUAGCACACCACGCCCUCUU